UCCAGCUGAAUCUGAUCCCGGGUCAUCAUCUCUCCACACAGUCCGCGUUAAAGCCACCGUAGAGGGUGAUGUGGGUCACUGUGGAUCCCGCACAAUCCGCUUAGAAACAAAAACGUGGACGGUGGGGGUUUUUCUCUUUUUUUUACCUUUCAUCUGGCUGUUGCGGGACAGGGAGCAGCUCAGACCCUGGUCAUGGAAAAGAAGUUAAAUCCACGCUGGUUUGGAGUUUUUCUCUCUACGACGACGUUAGUGAUUAUUAUCGUGGGGGCUCCUGUGAGCGGCCAGAUCCACCGAUCCGUCAGGACCUCUGAGCCUCUCGUGAUACCGGCCCACAUUUCUCGGGUUUACCUGAGUCCGGAUCAGCUCAGGCGGCUGCACUUCAAGCCCACCGUGGGCACCAUCCAGCUCUCCGAGGGCCAUGAGGCCAAAUUCAACUGCUCCAUCGACAUCCCGGACGCCAGGCUGGAGCCCACCAUCGCGUGGGUGAAGAACGGUCUGGACCUGGCCGCUAACAUGCAGGUGGUGGUCAACGAGCUGCAGACCAUCACAGACGGGGUCACGACUCUCCUCUCCACGGUCAACAUCAACCAUGUGCAGCGGGUGGAUGCUGGGGAGUAUCGCUGCAGACUGAGCAUCAACAACAGACUGGUGGAGUCUCAGCCAAUCACCCUCGAGAUAGAAGGUCUCCCAACAUUUCUCCAUCAACCAGAGGACAGGAACGUGAGCAGAAACACGCCUUUCACACUCUCCUGUGAGGCGGUCGGACCCCCGGACCCCGUUCAAAUCCGCUGGCUCCGGGAUGGAUUACCUAACAGUGACUUCCAUAACUCUCCGAGCAGCUACUCCAUUUCAGGUGUGGACAAGUACACUCAGUUCAGCUGUGAAGCAUACAACUCCAAGGGUGUCACGACUUCCAGAGAAGCAAAUAUCAACAUCAAAGUGCUCCCCAGCCCGGUGUUUAACGUCACCGUGAUGGAGAGGCAGUCCAAUAAGCUGCUGCUGAGCUGGAGCCCCGGACAUGAUGGCUUUUCACCGCUCAGUAAAUGCCACAUCAGGGUCAAAGAGGUGAGUCGCAGGAAAGGGGAGGUGACGACCACACGGUUCGUCAACGCCACAGUGCCUCCCUUCCAGUGCGGAGUCCCCGGGCUGCAGGCCAUGACGUGGUACAACAUGAGCGUUUCCUGCAGCAAUGAGGUGGGAGCUUCUGCAGUCACCACAUGGAUCCAGAGCAACACCACAGAGGGAGUGCCCUCCGUCUAUCCCCGAAACGUCAGCGUGCAUCUGAACGAGUCGAGGCUGGAGAUAAGUUGGAAGCCUCCCCCAGAGGACAAGAUAAACGGCAUCCUGCGCGGUUACGAUGUCAUCAUCAAAAACUCCAACCAAGUGAACAAGGUCCACAGUAACACCACCACGCUGUCUGUACCCGUGCAGGAAUUCAACAUGACCUACAGCGUGGAGGUGGCGGCGUGCACGCAGGCGGGGAGCGGCAUGGUCAGCCCACGAGUCUGGCUCUAUGUGCCAGAGGACAAAUCAGCGGUGACCCCGUCGUCCAGCCCGGACACCGGGGUCCCUGACUCGGUCUAUGUGGUGCUGGGCGUGGCGUGCGGCGUCUGUCUUCUUCUGCUGAUCCUCUGGGGGGCUAUCUGUGUGCACAACAGGUCCUCUGACUCCUGGUUUGGGUGGAUGUUUGGAGGUGAAGAAAAGCUGCAGCCGGUCGUUCAAUACCAGAGAUCCUACAACCGAUCAGCCAUAGGAAUCACUCUGGGGAACCUCGGCAUUAGUGAAGACCUGCAGGCCAAGCUUCAGGACGUGAUGGUCAUGAGGAGCUUGCUCUCCAUCGGGAAAGUUCUGGGAGAGGGGGAAUUUGGCUCCGUGGUGGAGGGACAUUUAAGACAAAUAGACGGCACUUCAGAAAAAGUUGCAGUAAAGACAAUGAAAUUGGACAGCUUCUCUCAAAAGGAGAUUGAAGAGUUCCUGAAUGAGGCGGCAUGCAUGAAAGACUUCAACCACCCGAAUGUCAUCAGACUGCUCGGUGUCUGCUUGGAAGUGGGCUCUGGGAAUUUUCCCAAGCCCAUGGUCAUCCUGCCGUUCAUGAGAUACGGAGACCUACACAGCUUCCUGCUGCGCUCGCGCCUGGGAGAGAGUCCGUUGUUCUUACCCACUCAGACUCUCCUGAAGUUCAUGGUGGACAUCGCUCUGGGUAUGGAGUAUCUCAGCGGUCGGAACUUUCUGCACCGGGAUCUGGCAGCUCGCAACUGCAUGCUGCGUGACGACAUGACGGUGUGUGUGGCCGACUUUGGCUUAUCGAAGAAGAUCUACAGUGGAGAUUAUUACCGGCAGGGCAGGAUCGCCAAAAUGCCCGUGAAGUGGAUCGCAGUGGAGAGUCUGGCCGACAGAGUUUUCACAAUAAAGAGCGACGUGUGGGCAUUUGGAGUCACCAUGUGGGAGAUUGCUACACGAGGCAUGACGCCGUAUCCCGGCAUCCAGAAUCAUGAAAUUUACGACUACUUACUGGAAGGACACAGACUGAAGCAGCCGACAGACUGUUUGGAUGAGCUGUAUGAGAUCAUGUACAGCUGCUGGAGGGCCGACCCGGUGGACCGACCCUCCUUUACGCAGCUGCGGGAAAUGAUGGAAAAGCUCACAGAGAAGCUUCCAGAGUCUUUCAGCAAGGACGACAUCAUCUAUAUCAACACCAGCUUUCCUGAAGAGGACGCCGAAGGAGAAACGCUUCCUGCAGAUCAUCCUCUGUUCAACUCGUCGCCCUCCUGCAGCCACCACGCCGCAGAAAACUCGGUCGUCACUGUGGACAUUCACGGCAGCUUGGAGGAGGAGGAAGACGGGGAGGAGGAGGGCGACGAUCGCUACGUGGUGGUGAUCUCCUCCGAUCCCUCCAUGAGACCUCCCGCUGCGAACACUCCCCUUUUAACAAGUCGUGCAAACGGAGGCAGGGCGACCGAUGUGACGGCGGCGGAUCACAGCUCGAGUGACACCUCUCACCUGCUCUGAAGAUCCAAACUGAAACAAAAAAUGAAGUGCCUCAUCGCACUGGGAGCACCUUGACUUUUUCCUCAUGUGCACUUUCUGUAGCAGCACCAGCAGUUAAUGCGUCCCAUGGCCAGCCUUUACGUCAGUGUUAGGAUUGUCGUCUUUUUGUGUCAACUUCAAACACACUUUUCAUAAGCUCAAGAUACACUGAACUGUGAAACUGAUUACUGUAUUGGAUUUUGUGUUGUGAUGUAAAUAUAGAAAUGUACAGAGCGUUUAUAAAGUGAUCUUAUGUAAUGUAUAAAUAUGAGUUUUAAUGUCGUCAUUAAAGUAAGACGCAAUUUUA